AGAUUGAAAAUAUCAUUUUUGAUUUCAGUUCAGAGUUGAAGAAAACAUUGGUUGUAACGAAGGUGUAAUCAUUUUGAUGAUUUGAUACGUUAAGCGUUUGCGAAUAGCUCAUUGAAAUACAGUUACAGGUUUUGCUGGAGGAAUCAAUACAUACCUAUCCAUCUUUAUUAUCAGUCUGCAAAUCUUUCAACGAAAUGGCCGAUCUUCCAAUCCCAAAGCCGGACGAAAUUGAACACGAAUGGAUAUUCAGUCCUAAAAAAGUGCAUUGUUUGAAAGAUUUAGCAUCGGAUAAACUAGUCCAAAUAUUAUGGCGCACGAAAAUUGAAGAAAAACGCAUCAAAGGAAUUCUCUGCACGAUAUAUGACAACGAGCCGCCAACCAUACUUGAUUUAAAACAUCGGUUCAUUGAAAUCACCUGGAAUAAACCUAACGAAAAACCUGAGACAAGUAACUGCAAAGAAAAUAUAUCCGCACCAUUGUUAGCAAUCCAAUCAGCGAUGCAGGAGUACGCUUGCUUUUUGAAAAAGGAAUGUCAAGAUUGGGACAACAGCUUUGUUUCUUAUAAAUUUUUGGAACGCCCUACGAAGCAGAUUACUGUUCUGGAUAGAUUUCAUGAUUUCAUUUAUGAGAACGAGGGUUUCAUCGAUGAUGUGCGUACUGCCAGGAGUAUGAUUUCUUGUGGUCGUUUCAGUGUCAUCGAUCAGUAUGCAAUUGCUUGCAGUUAUUGUUUCGAGGAUGAAAUCCGACGUAUAUGGCCGUUGUUAUCGAAAGAAAUGGACAUAGUUAGUGUCUCUGCCGAAGAACAUUAUCUAAUUCACUAUUGGACGCACGUUAUGAUGAACCAGACAGAAACGCUGCAUUCUGCUUCAACUAUGCUCUUAUCUGGCUCGUUCAAUGAAUCAUCUAUGCAGUUCUUCUUCGAUCAAAUCCCAACUUUGGAAAGAAAAGCGCAAACUGUUGAAGACAUUUUUAAUUUCGAUAUGUCUACGACGACAUUAUGUAUGCGAUAUCUAAUACCAAAACAAGACGACGAAUUUUUAAAAGUUCUUGUAUCUUAUUUUGGAUUUAAAAUAUUACUUCGAUUGAUGUCAAAGGAAUACGACCGUUUUUAUGUUUUACCGUUCUGGAUGCGAACGAGAGAUUUUUUCAGUGGCGAUGCAUUUGUGAAAAUGCUUCUAGAUAUCAUAGACAAUGUACAAUUUUACUUGCCUCGCCCUAUUGCUGGUACUUUCGAAGAAGAACAGCGUCUUGAACAUAUCUUUGAUAUGUACACUAAACUUAUUUGGGACAAUUCGCCGGUGCAGUUGAAACAAUUUGCUACAAAAUUUUUUCAAUUUGAAAAACCCGAUUAUUUUGAAGUUUUCAAUUCUAUCAUCACUGGCACUAAUAAUGGUAAUGCAUAAAUUAUUUCUAUUCGUGUGUUGUUUUUUCGUUUUACAUACUUUGUUUCUAAUUAUUGUGCGUGAAUUUGUUGCUGUUAAGUGUUAUGUAGUACUUAGCUACCUACCUACCUA